ACUUCCGGCUAUACAGGAAGGAAAUUGACAAGCGUUUGAGGUUGUGGGACAGAGAGAGCUACAGACGUGAUUGUGCGCGGAAUUGGAGUCUCUAGCCGAAGUGUGGUCAUGUUUCUCCAAUAUUACCUCAACGAGCAGGGAGACCGGGUUUACACGCUGAAGAAGCUUGACCCUAUGGGACAGCAGACCUGCUCAGCCCACCCUGCCCGGUUCUCCCCAGACGACAAGUACUCGCGACACCGAAUCACCAUCAAGAAACGCUUCAAGGUGCUCAUGACCCAGCAACCGCGCCCUGUGCUCUGAGGGUCCCUCACAUUUCAUGUUUCUUCGGCCGCCUGCUACCCCUCGGAGUCUUUCCUUAAAUAAGCUCUUCAGUCUGUGAGCCUUGAAGCCCUGCUUUACCACCCUUGUGCUUUGGAAUCCAGUCGCGUUGCCUUUGAUCAUGCUUGUGUGAGGCAAUCAUGUUAGCAUCUCCUAUAAAGGGAACAAGUUUGAAUCUGCUUUUCAUAUUGUGAAUCACUGUCACAUUAUUAAAGACAAAUGAUUUUAAAGUG